GAUGAUAGCUAAAGUCUACCUAAAAGGGUAAAAUUAGAUUCUCCAAAGAUUUUGCUAUAAAAUAAACAAUUCCAGUUACUUGACAAAACCAGCGUCAUUACGAUGUGUUCACUCUGAACUCUUCUAUUCUGUCUUCUCUUUUCUUGCUCACAUUACAGGUCAAUCCAUUUCUGAAGAGCUAGCUAGCAAGCAAUGGAGAUUGAUAAUCCUUCCAUCUUCAAGAGGAUCAAACACAACUUCUUUUCUUCUAUCAAGUUUUCAUUCCUUUGCUUCAGAUCUUCCUCUUCUUCAUCAGAAAUCUCCUCAUCAGAUGAUAGCAUACAAGUAGGUGAACCCAUUCUUCAAAAUGUUCAUGCCUUCUCGUUUACUGAACUGGAAGUUGCCACUGAUGGGUUUCAUUCAUCGAACAAAAUUGGCGAAGGUGGAUUUGGCUUAGUUUAUAAGGGAAGAAUGGAAGAUGGGAAACUUGUAGCUGUGAAAGUUCUAUCAGCAGAAUCGAAGCAAGGAGACAAGGAGUUCUUAUCUGAGAUAGCUUCACUUUCCAGUAUUAGCCAUGAAAAUCUUGUCAAGCUUCAUGGUUGUUGCAUUGAUGGUCCUUGCAGAAUUCUUGUUUAUGAGUAUAUGGAAAAUGGUAGCUUGGCUCAAAAUUUUCUUGGUGGGAGCAAAAAUAAAAGUAAAUUCAAUUGGAAAUCAAGAAGAGACAUUUCGAUUGGGAUUGGUGAGGGGCUUGCUUAUAUUCAUGAAGAGGUUAAACCCCAUAUUGUCCAUAGGGACAUAAAGGGCAGCAACAUACUUUUGGAUCAGAAUUUCACUCCUAAAGUUUCAGAUUUUGGUCUCUCUAAGCUAUUUUCAGACAACAUCACCCACGUUAGUACAAGAGUCGCAGGAACAUUAGGUUAUCUGGCCCCGGAAUACGCCAUUAGCGGCCACUUAACAAGAAAAUCAGACGUAUACAGUUUUGGAGUGCUACUUCUUGAGAUAGUCAGCGGAAGAACAGCAGUUGAUUUCGACUUAGAACUUGGAGAAUACUACCUUGUCGACAAGGCAUGGGAAAUGUACAAGGCUAACAAGCUUCUGGAGCUAGUGGAUCCUAUGCUAAAUGGAAACUUGUUAGAAUCAGAAGCUGUUCGAUUUCUUAUGGUUGCUCUACUUUGUGUGCAAGAGAAAACUGGGCUGAGGCCAAACAUGUCAAAAGCUAUUAAGAUUAUGAGAGGUGAAAUCAACAUAAGCAAUACGAAAAUAGCUCAGCCAGGACUCAUCACUAAUAUUAUGAAUGUGAAAAUAGGCCGAACAUCAAAAAGCUCACAAAGCACUACCACCUUUGCAGCUCGUACAGUUAACUGUAAGCAAUAUUCAUGAAUAAAGAUAUUGUUCGUUUUUCUUUUUGUUUUAC